AUGAUUGACUUUAAGGGUAAAAAUUUACUAGUUGCAUCCAAUAAGGUAGGUGCCGUUCAACAAAAGAGAGCGCACUUUGCGAUGGGAUGCCUAACCAUAUCGGAUGAGCGCACAAAAGCCGUUACAUUUACCGAUCCUUAUUACAUAAACUCCAUAUCAUUCACAGCACCGGUACAGGAUUCUCAUAAUAAGGAUACUAAAAAUUCUGUGUUUAGGAUUAAACACCCGGCACAGGGUUAUUGUGUUUGUGAUAAUAUCGGGGAAUAUGUGGACUACAAUGAAGUGAACACCACAUCGGGUGUAGUGAUGGGACGGGUAGUGCAUGUGUUUAACCAAAGUAUUCAUCAGUUUUUGAAUAUACCAUACGCUGAGCCACCGUUGGGACGGCUUAGGUUUGCCCGACCGGAACCACUCAAACAACCCAUUCAGGGUAUUAUCGAUGGAACCAAACUCGGGAACUCCUGCAUGCAAGUGGUGAGUCCCGUACCAGACUAUGACGUUAACCUCACCAUCAGUGAGGACUGUUUGGUGUUAAACAUAUGGACACCAAAUGUGGGAAACAAUAACUCAUCGCAAGAGUCACCACUAAAACCAGUCAUGUUUUGGAUUCAUGGCGGGGGUCUAGCCGUGGGCUCCAUAUUUCAGAUCCCGCCAUAUAAUGGCAGCAUUUUGUCCACAUAUGAUGUGGUUUUAGUGGCCACUAACUAUAGACUGGGUGCGUUUGGCUACUUAUAUAGUGACAGCGACUCGACGCCCGGAAAUGUGGGCUUUUAUGACCAGCUAUUGGCUCUCAAAUGGGUAAGAGAUAAUAUCCAUGCGUUUGGUGGUGAUAAGGAUCAGAUCACUAUAUUUGGUGAGAGCGCCGGCAGCUGGUCUACAUCUUUGAUAAAUAAUAUCCAUGCGUUUGGUGGUGAUAAGGAUCAGAUCACUAUAUUUGGUGAGAGCGCCGGCAGCUGGUCUACAUCUGUCCACAUACUGUCGCCGCUAUCUCGGGGUCUAUUCAAGAGGGCUAUUAUGGAAAGUGGGGCCCAAUUGUACUAUAAGGAGAGACCCAUUUUAAACGCAACGGAGGCCUUAAGUCAGGCCAAGGAAAUGGCAAAACAUUUUGAUUGUAGUGAAGAUCAAUGGUUGCAGUGUUUGAGACAAUUGAGUGCAGAAGAUAUCAAUAACUACCCAAAGAUUAGUGCCUUUCCCAUCGAGGGCACAGAGUUUUUACCCGUCAAAGCACAGACAGCUUUUAGGGACGGGUUUUAUAAUCAAGAUAUCGACAUAAUAGGCGGUGCGACCAGAAAUGAGGGCUCAUUGCUUUCAUAUUAUAUUUACCCUAAACUUCAAACAAACAUAACUUUAGAGGACUUCACGGAUUUGGUCCAACAAUCGGAUGCAUUCUUUCGCGGCAUAGAUGUCCAGAAUGUGACCCAAAUCUACCUCAAGAAUGUCAACACUAGUGACUCCCAGGCACUCAAAUGGGCUUUUUAUGACUAUUUCGGUGAUAUGUUCAUGAAGUGUCCCACAUAUCACUUCAGCAAACAGUUUGCUAAACAUAAUACAAAUACUUCUCAUAAUGUAUACUACUAUGAGCUGACAUACCAGAGCAAAAACGCUGCCCAUACCGGUUGUAUGGAGGAGACAAUGGGUAUAUGCCAUGGAUCUGAUGUCGAGUUUGUCUUUGGGUCUCCCAUUCUGACAUACCAGAGCAAAAACGCUGCCCAUACCGGUUGUAUGGAGGAGACAAUGGGUAUAUGCCAUGGAUCUGAUGUCGAGUUUGUCUUUGGGUCUCCCAUUGUCUCGCGAAAUACGAAUACAUUAUUGGACAUGAAAUUCAGUUUAGAAAUCAUGCAAAUGUGGACUCAAUUCGCUAAAACCGGAGUGCCAUCGAGUGAUUGGCCAACAUUUAUAGACAAUGCAAAUAACACCAUAAGAAUCAAGAAUCUGAACCCAAACACCACCACUCCUGUCAUGUAUAACCCUAUUGAAGUUUGUGUUUGUGAUGAGAACUAUGUAGAAGUGAACACUACAUCAGGUUUAGUGAGGGGACAGACUAUUCUAUACCAUUCGCCGAACCCCCGGUUGGGAACCUCAGUUGACCCCCAAGUGGAUCACGUGAUCCGUCACGUAAUUGCUGGCCAUAACCGCACCGGUAGGGUCGACGAGGCAUUCUAUGUGGUGGACGUCGAGGAUAUCAUAGAUAAGUACCAGAGACUCCGGAAAUACUUACCGCGAGUACAGCAACACUACGCCAUGAAAUGCAAUCCAUCGCCGAUAGUACUCCAAGUGAUGGUCGGACUGGGGAUGAGCUUUGACUGCGCCUCCCGGUACUGCAUUAUUGAAGUUUGUGUUUGUGAUGAGAACUAUGUAGAAGUGAACACUACAUCAGGUUUAGUGAGGGGACAGACUAUUCGUGUGUUAAACACCAGUGUUGACCAGUUUUUAAGUAUACCAUUCGCCGAACCCCCGGUUGGGAACCUCAGGUUCGCUCGACCACUACCUCUCAAGAAACCAAUUUCAUACUUACGAGGCACUAUAGAUGGCACAAAAAUGGGCAACUCAUGUAUGCAACUGCCCGGCCCUAUACCCGGCGUACCCAUAACUCUUAGUGAGGACUGUUUGAUACUAAACAUAUGGACACCAAAUGUGAGAGACAACAGCCUGUCAUCUCAAGCACCGGCACUAAAACCUGUUAUGUUUUGGAUAUACGGCGGGGGAUUAGCCACGGGAUCCAUAUUCUUAUAUAACGGCAGUCUAUUGUCGACACAUGAUGUAGUAAUAGUGGCCCCAAAUUAUAGACUAGGUCCUUUUGGAUUUCUAUACGGUGGCAAUGACUCGGCGCCUGGAAAUCUAGGUUUUUAUGACCAGUUAUUGGCUCUUAAAUGGGUUAGAGAUAAUAUCCAUUUGUUUGGCGGUGAUAAGGAUCACUAG